AUGCUGAAUAUGGAAGCAAACGUUGACCCGUCGGAGCUGCAGCCGCUGGGGGAGUAUGACUUCGAGAAGAACUUCAAUCACCUGGCAGCCAGGAAAUGGAUGGAGGAGAAUUGCAGAUCAGGCGUGAGGAUCUUCGGUUCCGAGAAAGAGGAGGAGAUCUUUUGUUUCUUGGUGAGAAUACUUUCUGGGGCUACAGAAGUCUGGCUAAAAGUAGGUCAGUUUGGGCCUUUUCCUGACUGUUCCCUCUUCUCUACUUGCAGGCAAAAGUCUUUUAUUUUUGCUGUUAUUUAUUUCAUCGUGAUCUUUGGUAUCCAGCAUUUCAUGAAGGAACGGAGGCCCUUCAAUCUGCGUACACCACUGAUCCUGUGGUCCUUCAGCCUGAGUUUGUUCAGUUUGUUUGCAGCCUUUCGGGUCUGGAAGCAGAUGGCCUUCCUCCUCCUUACCAAGGGAUUUAAGCAAUCAGUGUGUAGUCAAUCUUUCUAUAUCCACCCCGUUUCCAAGCUUUGGAUGUAUCUAUUUGCCCUGAGCAAACUUGUCGAAAUGGGUGACACUCUGUUCAUUGUUCUCCGGAAAAAGAAGCUCAUGUUCAUCCACUGGUACCACCACCUUUUAACGAUGAUUAUGAGCUGGUAUGGCUAUAAGAUUAUGGCCAUUGGUAUGGGGUGGAACGCAGCCUUGAACCUCAGUAUCCAUUUUGUGAUGUACUUGUACUACACUGUAACAGCCAUGGGCUUCCGAGUACCCCGCUCCAUCACCAUGCUAAUCACCACUUCACAGAUGGUGCAGAUGACAGGAUUUGUAAUAAUGAACAUCUUUAUCGUCUUCUGGAUGGAUGAUAAGCUCUGCCAAACUACCUGGACAAUGCUUUUCCUUUCAUCGAGUUUGUAUACCACUUUAUUGGCCCUCUUCUCCAACUUCUUCGUGAAAGCUUACCUGAGUAGCAACCAGAAAUCAAAGUUAAAUUAAAUUAAUGCUUAAUUCAAGCAUCUCUGUCCUGCAGAGUAUGUCAGGCAUUGCCAAUUGUCCCAGCCCAUCCCAAUGUCAUGGGCUGGGAGUCUCAGAGUCAACUUGUCUCUGGGUGCAUGUUCCAUUGGGUGAUGUGUUAAAACAACUAAUAAAUACUGUCAUGUAUUGAUUGAUUUGA